GGCCCUCAUUUUUUGAUUUUUGCUUCCAGCCAUGUCAGAAGAAAUAAUCACGGGUUGCUCAUAAAAUUCAGCUAUAUAAUCCUAGGCUCAAACUCAAUAGGAAUUAGAACUAAUAGUAAGCUUGUAGAGCCCCAAAGCCAUGACGAGUCCAAAGAUUACAGCCAUGUUCUUCAUCAUCCUGAUUUUCAUGUUGAACGUGUUGCCACCAAUACAAGCUUGUACUCCAUCAUGUUCACAGCCACACCCACCUUCCCAUCAUCCAAAAAACCCUCACCCAAAACCACCAACUACAAAACACCCACCACAGCAUGGAUCGGGACACCCGGAAAACCCUCCUGUAGUUGUUUCACCCCCAAUAGUUACACCACCUUCUACUCCCUACCCACCUUACACUGGUAAUCCUCCUUCUGGAGGAGGUGGUGGCGGUGGAGGUGGUGGAGGAGGAGGAGGUGGAGGUGGAGGUGGAGGUGGUGGCGGCGGCGGCGGCGGCGGUGUUCCUGGUUUCAAUCCUCCACCUUCUACACAACCAACUUGUCCCAUCAAUGCACUUAAACUAGGGCUUUGUGUAGAUGUGCUUGGUGGUUUGGUGCAUAUUGGAUUAGGCGACCCAGUUGAGAAUGUUUGCUGUCCGGUGCUUAAAGGUCUGCUAGAGCUUGAGGCGGCUAUUUGUCUUUGCACUACGAUAAGGCUUAAGCUUCUCAACCUCAACAUUUUUAUUCCUCUUGCUCUUCAAGUUCUAAUUACCUGUGGGAUAACUCCUCCCCCUGGUUUUGUGUGUCCUCCUCUCUAAGUGUUUUUUCAUUUUCAAACUGGGUACGAGAUUACUAUGAGGUUAACUAAGGCUAGCUGUUUGUUUUAAACAAUGUUUUUUUUUUUUUUUUUUUUUUGGGCGUGGUAUAUUGUGUGACUUGAACUAGCUGCUAGUGUCGGAGAUCUUCUUAGUCUCUUGAGUGAAUGCCUCAUUCAAUAAUUGAUUAUGGGAUAGGAAGGAAAGGUGUAACCUGUGUUGCUUUAGAGGAUGGCGAUCCAUUAAGUGCAUUUGAAAAGAGCAUAGUUGUAGAGCCAUCAAGGGAUCGAACUGCAUGCCGUCUUAGAAUUCUCGGAUGUUCUAAAUUUUGGGAGUUGAUGUUCAUUAUUUGUUUUUCUUCUUUUUGAUGGAUAGGACUCUGUAUACUUCCUGUAUACUUAGGGUUGAUCCUUUUCUAAGCUUUAUAAAAUCCAAGUCAUAAAAAAUUUCACGUGUGAUGAGUUUAUUUUUA